CUUUGCGCGAUGCACUUCUCCAACCAACCAGUAGAACAUAGCACCCACACGCAGUUGGCAAUGCUCAACCGGACUACUUCCCUCCUUUCCAGCGCCCGCCGCUCGGUAUGCAGCUCCAUCGGUGGCCUCAGGCAGCCGAGUCGAUUCCUCGCAACGACGGGAUCGCCGCUGCAAGAAUACUUUGUGGUCGUCUUCAACAAGCAGAACGCACCAGGGGCGGACCUGUCCCAGCGUCCUCAACCCAUCGAGUUCAAGAACCGGGAUAUUGUCCUCACGUUCGCGGGAGAUAUGCUGGCAUCGCCUGCGCCGGUCUCGGAGUCGGACCCCGCGGGGACCUUGGGAGCCUGCUUCGCGUGCCAAGCGCCUAGUGAGGAGAGUGUGCUCAAGGCUGUCCAGGCUCAUGAGAAUGCUGUCAAAGGGCUGUGGGACGUUGAGUCGGUGGAGAUUUCUGCGCUGGAGACGAUCCAUACGGGGGAUUUUGACAGGGAUGGUCAAUAGAUGAGUUUCUUGUAUCUUUGGUGGGCUUUUUGGGGGUGUUUAUAAUUCUGUGGUGUGGAUGUGUGUAGUUUCCACAACGUUGUAAUGAUAGUACAUUGUUUGUAGGUGUAGCACACUCAGUGGGAGAGCUAGCUUACUAUCUGGAUAAUGUCGGCGAA